CUCUAGGGGUUACCGCUGUGUCACGUCACUAAGGCAACGACGAAUGACGUGACUCGCGGGAGAACAAACGUUAACAGUGAAUGCCAACAGCGUCGUACAGUUUUCCUGUGAGUUUCCAGUUCCCAGUGAUAUAUCUUGAACAUGGAGGGACAUAACUUGGGAAAGGAAAGGCUCAUAGUACCCACAGAUUUCACCUCACCAGCGGUUUCAAGGAACAUCCAGAAAGACCUGGUACCCCCAUCGCAUUUCACGUCGAGUGUCCAGUUUGCUGGACCACACAGAGGCGUUCAAAUACCCGGCACAACUCCACCCAUUCCCCUGAUAAACCAAGGCGUAACAUCAGCACCGUUAGGGGAUCCCAGUGCUGCCAAUCCAUGGCUUGUCAUUAGUCAGGCCCAACAAGAAAUCUUGGAGCUGAGGAAGGAAAAUCAGAGGAUGAUGUUACAAGGAGAAAGCAUAAGAGGAAGGAUCCCUAUGGAUAACCCAUCAAACCUUAGGACAAGAUGUGCAGAGAGAAGUGAACAGUGGUCCGGAUGGGAGUCAGAGUGGCGUCUUGAGGCAGAGAAGCACAAGGGAGAAGCUGAGAGGCUGAAGAGGCAGGUGAAGACCCUGGAGGACGAAUCAAAGAUAUGCAGGGAAGAGAUGAGAGACAGAGAUGGCACUGUGAACAGACAGAGCCAUAAGCUGAAAGCAUUGCAUGAAGAGCUAUGCAAAGCUAAGACUGAACUCAGCCAAAUCAGAGAGGACCUUGUUCACAACAUUGCACACAAGGAGAAAAUAAGCUCACAGCUUGAAAGACUAAAGGAAGAGUCUGCUGAGGAAAUUUCAAGGCUGAGGAGAGAUGUAGAGAGGAGCAAAGAGGAGGCCCGGGAGCUUGCUUUGAAGGCUGAAAUGUGCAGGUUACAGGCUGAGGAGGAGACUAAACAGCAGACACUUAGACUGUCAGAACAACUGGAAGAAAUGCACAAGAAGCAGGAGGCAGAGUUAAAACAGCAAAAUGCCUCCCAUCGUGCAGAGUUGGACGCAGCAAGGAAAACAAACAGUGAACUACAAGACAAACUUCAAUCAAUGACUUCAGAAGUGCUGCAGCUAAAACGCACUCUGAUGGAGGUAUCUACUGAGAGAGAUGGGCUGAAAGAACAUUUCAGCCAAAUGGGACAAGCUUUUGAGACACAAUCAGCAACACUGCACAGCCUCAGAAAUUACAUCGGCCAGCUUGCCCCAGAGAAAGGAGAGAAGGAGCGAUUAAAUGACACUGUUGAGAGGCUGAACAAAGAGAAAGCAGCUCUUCAGAUGACCGCAGAGCUUCUAACAGUCAGGCUUAAUUCUGUGAAUGAGAUACUCACCCUCCAAGAAGAGAAAAUGCUGAAGAAGACCUCAACAGACCCACUGGUGAAGAAUGGAUCUGAAGGCCUUCAAGUGCUUCAGCUCUGGAGAGAGAAAGUUUUCAAGUUAUGUGUCCAGCUUCGCUCAAAGGACAUUGAGCUAAGAGGGGAAAAGGACAAACUUCUUUCAAAAGUCAGAUCCAUGGAGCAGCAACUUGAACAGGAGCAGCACCAGGCUAGUGUGCUCCAACACACUUUAGAUGACAGGAUAGCUCAGCUGCAUCUGGAGAGAGUAGAAAAGGAGACACUGAAACAGGACUUGGUACAGGCUCACAAGGAAAAUUCACAGCUGAAGUCACAGAAUCAAAAAGCAGAGGCUCAGCUUAAAACUCUUACAGAAGCAGUGCAUAGGUUCAGUCUGGCAUUUGAAGACAAGGUGGCAGAAGUGGAUGCAGCUCAAACAAGGCUCAACACUUUAACCCAGAGGUUAAGUUUCGCUAGGGGACGAGUGGAGACAAUCCAAGGUUUAGUCAUGAGGAGAGCUGCUCUGCACAGAGUUCAUCAGGCCAGUAAACAGGCAGAACAGGUUGCAGACAGCAUCACAAACCUCCAGACAGAGCUUAGUUUGGUGCGUGAAGAGAGAGACAAGCUCACACAGGAGCUCAAAAGAACCCCGGAGCUCAUCGAUAAAACUCUGGCUGAUCUAAAAGAACAGUAUGAGAGCAAACUAAGGCAGCAGCAGCAGAAGCUGGAGCAGAGCUUGAUGGAGGUCCGACAGGCUGUGGUUGGCAGAGAGGAGGCCGAGCAGAGCCUUCAGCAGAUUCAGGCCCAGCUGGAUGAGAGCAAUGUCAACCUGGAGAAAGUCCGCUCUGAGCUGCUCAGGCAGCAGGAGCACAGCGAACACGCUCUGCAGGAGAGAAUGUCUGAGAUUGAGGAUCGCUGUGCUGAGAAGCUCAGAGAGAUGGAAGUUCAAGUCAAUACUGCCAAACGAGAGCACACCAAAGCAGUUAUGACUUUGCGGCACUUUGAGAGAGAAGCAGCAAGGAAACAGGAUGAGAUGAGAGAACAUUUGGGGCACGGACACACAAAGAGGGAUGUCCAGAAUAAACAACCGAUGGAGAUGGAGAAACACAAAAACCUACAGCUGGCCACUGUUGCUGAGAAAGGACUGAUGAGCGAGUACACAAGCACUCACACACAAGUGCUACAAAAUCCUGCUGUACCUCGAGAAAAACCUUCAGAGAGGAGUUGCCACGUGGGACCAAGAGUCCAACUAACUGCAGACGAGAGACUCCUGUCUGUUUUGGAGGAGCUCCAUUCUCUCAGUGCUGCAGUGGUAAACAGCUCUGAGGACUCUGCGGAGGAGGAAGAGGGACAGAAUGACAGCGUGGGACCAUCCACAGGCAGUUCACACAGCUGAUACCUGACGAUGAUUCACUGGAGCCACUGAACACACCUUUAAUUUGUACAGAAGUUAGGGAGUGUUUGUGCUUUAGGAGCCAAAAAAAAAAAACUGUCAGAGGAAAGAAUUUGUUUGAGCCAAACCAUAAAACCAUGUAUUUGAUAUUGCUGCAGCACCAGGUGUAUAAAGCUGUCUAGUGCAGACACAGUAUGCUUAAAUUUAAAUUCUUUCAAUACAUCUUCUCUGUCUGUCUCCAAGAUGUACUCUACAAAUAUUUAUGAAAUCUGCUCAGGCACUCCUCAGCUGAAGUGGAAUGAAAGGUUUGGAUGUUUAUGUGUUUAUGUCAACGUCUAGAGUUUCACUUUCAGAAUUAUCUGUUUCUUUAUCAUCUUACUUGAAGUAAAUCACUUCACGCAGUAAAACUAUGAUCCACACUUCUUUCACUUAUUUUAGAUAAUAGUUCCCUGGUAAAUUGCUCCCAGAACAGCUUGAUUUGUGCACACUGAAUCAAUGAAGUGCUUUAAAGCAUAAGAUAUCAGUCACACUGUAGCAGAUAAGUUGUAUGAAAACACAUUCACAAGAGGACCUAUUUAUAUUUUAUACUACAGAUAAAAUAGGAGUAUUUAUGUUUAAUACAAAUAGCUGAACAGAUGGUAAUUACUUCAAUAAAUGCAAAUAUGUGAGUAGAUUUUCAGUUUCAAUUAGCUUUGUAUCAGAUGGCAAAGAGAAUCCUGCCAGUAAAAAUACAGCUGGCAUAGUACUCACCCUAUUAAUGUGAAUGGGAGGCUGCUCUGUUGACUUCUGUUGCCUGAAGGUUUAUGUUUUUCUUUGUUAUGCGGAGACGUGUGUCUUCAUUUUUGGUGUGACCUAAUAAAGUAUUAUGUUGCUAA